AUGACAUUGGUAAACACAGACUCCAACGUCAUGGAAACAAAACUGGCUACAUUCAAAACAGCUAAGUUUUACAAAAUUCCUCCGCCGGAGGUAAUUCCAGACACUACAUAUACCGUGGAUGAAAAUAAUGGUUCAAAAGGAUACAAGGAGACCCAAAUAAUACGAUACAGGUUUCAACCGGAGAAUUGGCGGUUGAAGCGCUCAAACUACCUGUUCAAAGGAUCUAUAGAGUUACAUGAGUUACAGAGCUUGGAUGCGUUGGAAUCCUGUAAGGACCUCUCCUCGGAAUUGAAAUGUCGCCUGACUAUUAAUGCCCCUGGAAUAGACCGCUGGGGAACUGCUUAUUACGAGAAAAUAUACCACGAUGGUCUUCCGGUAACUAAUUACAAACAAUCGAGUCCUUUCAUGACAAUUCAGAAGAUAAUACAUCAGCACUACGUUGUGAUACUAACAGAGGAGGACAAAAAAAUAGCUAUAGGGAUGAUCUUAUUAGACUUCUUUGACGAUUUACGACUUACAUCGAACCUCAAGGAUUUCGAGGAAAGGUUCAGAAAAUUGCUUGCAUUCAAAGACAACUUUGUCAAUGAGUCUCCGAAGACAACAAAAGAGGAAAGAUCAGAAGGAUCACCCAAUAGAUUUAAUAUCGAUGAGGAUGACGAAUUUGGUGAUUUUGUGUCCAACUAA